CUACCCGCUCGCCUCCCUCCCUCCCCCACCCACCCACGGCUAGGGGGACGUGAGCGGGAGAGAGUCGAUAUAAAGCCGGGGGUGGAAGGGAUCUCUCCUCUUCACCAUCAUCAUCAUCACCACCAACGCCGAUCAGAGAGAGAGAGAGAGCGGUCAACUCACAACUGCUGGGACCCUUCCAUUCAUUGCGUGAUCCUAAACGAGCGGCGCUCCUCGGCGCCAUGACGGACGUGAAGAAGAGGGGCUCCUCCUCGUCGUCACCGUGCGACGACCCCCACGCCGGCAAGACGAUGCUGCCGCACGACGGCGGCGACGGCGGCGGGGCGGUGGUGUGCGGGCCGGGCGGCGAUCCCACGGUGGAGCUCAAGCGCACCAUCACGCUCACCAACGGCGUCGCCAUCAUCGUGGGCACCAUUAUCGGCUCGGGAAUCUUCGUCACGCCCACGGGCGUGGUGAAGGAGGCGGGCUCGGUGGGCCUCUCGCUCAUCGUGUGGGCCGUGUGCGGCCUCUUCUCCACGGUGGGCGCGCUCUGCUACGCCGAGCUGGGCACCACCAUCAGCAAGUCGGGCGGCGACUACGCCUACAUCCUGGAGGUGUACGGCCCGCUCGUCGCCUUCCUCAAGCUCUGGAUCGAGCUGCUCAUCAUCCGGCCCUCGUCGCAGUACAUCGUGGCGUUCGUCUUCGCCACCUACAUCAUCAAGCCGCUGUUUGCGUGCACCUCGGUGCCCACCGUGGCCGCCAAGCUCGUGGCCUGCCUCUGCGUCAUGACGCUGACGAUCGUGAACAGCUACAGCGUGAAGGCGGCCACGCGAGUCCAAGAUUUCUUUGCUGCGGCCAAGCUGCUGGCGCUCGGGGUCAUCAUCGUGCUGGGCUUCGUGCAGAUCGGGCGCGGUGACAUCCCCUACCUGGAGUCGGAGAGCGUGUUUGACGGAACAAAAACGGACGUGGGCAGCAUUGUGCUGGCUCUCUACAGCGGCCUCUUCGCUUACGGAGGAUGGAAUUACUUGAAUUUUGUCACCGAAGAGAUGAUUGAGCCCUUCAAAAACCUUCCCCGAGCCAUCAUCAUCUCGCUGCCCAUCGUCACCAUCGUCUACGUGCUCACCAACCUGGCGUACUUCACCACGCUGUCCCCUCAGAGCAUGCUGGAGUCCCAGGCCGUCGCAGUGGACUUUGGGAACUAUCACCUGGGUGUGAUGUCCUGGAUCAUUCCCGUGUUCGUCAGCCUUUCCUGCUUCGGCUCCGUCAAUGGGUCCCUCUUCACCUCCUCCAGGUUGUUCUUUGUGGGCGCUCGGGAAGGGCACCUGCCCAACUUGCUCUCAAUGAUCCACCGGCGCCUCUUCACUCCGGUGCCUUCCCUCCUCUUCACGUGCCUCAUGACGCUGCUCUACGCCAUCUCGGAUGACAUCUUCUCCGUCAUCAACUUCUUCAGCUUCUUCAACUGGCUGUGCAUCGCCAUGGCCAUCUGCGGCAUGAUGUGGCUGCGCUACAAGGAGCCGCUGAGACCUAGGCCCAUCAAGGUGAACAUCCUGCUGCCCAUCUCGUUCGUGCUGGCGUGCAUCUUCCUCAUCGUCGUGUCCGUGGUGGUGACGCCGGUCGAGUGCGGCAUCGGCCUCGCCAUCAUCCUCACCGGGAUCCCUGUCUACUUCGUGGGCGUGCGGUGGCAGAACAAGCCGCCCUCGCUGCUCAACCUCAUCAGUUCCAUGACGAUCCUCUCGCAGAAGGUUCUGGAAGUGAUCCCGCAAGAGUCGUGACCCUUCUUGCCCCAGCGAUGCCGAAACCUCUCUACAGAAAAACCACAUUCUCUACUGCGUUUGGGAGGGGGGGAGGGUUAGGGGGGGGUUGCCAAUUUGUUACCAGACUUGAUUUGGAAAUGUUUUGCUCUUACACACCCAUACAAACAGAAACGUCUGUGCCACACACUCCAUCAAACAUUUGCCGCUUAUUAAGUUCUCUUAGCUGUCCAUGUGAGAAAGUAUUCGGCAGGAGGCCUUCGAAGCUCUGUUUUUCUUCGAGCCAUAUUACACGCCAACGUUACAAAUCUCAUCAACUCGUUCUUGUGGACACUUAUUUUUUUUUAAACGACUAAUUUAUUACUGUACUUCAUUCCCUUUUUUUUGCAUUUACAUCUCUAGUGUGUUUUUUGUGUGCCAGCAAAAGUCCUUAAGACACUGUUUACAUAGAGUCGUGAAACGGAGACACCGCGAGUGUCGGUUCAGCCUCGACCACAAUAUGAAUUCACGUGGGGAACAAGGAGAGCUCUUUCGCGUAUUCCUAAAAGCCGAGUAUUUUGCAGCAGCCGUUGCGCACAAUUCGUCUCUCACAGCCAAUGGUAGUUGCAGAAAAGCGACCCCCCCCCCCCCACGCGUCCCAAAGCAUUUACAAAUAUCGGGAAGUUUUGUCCUCGUUUCAAACUUUCCAGCCUUCACCCUCGACUUGUCUGUUACGGGCACAGUCCAGAGGGCCUGGCUGCCUGCCUGGUGGGGAAGGGUCUGGCAAAGACCAAGCGGGGCCUGUGAGCAGUGGGCAGGUCCAACGUGAGCGAGCGAGAGCAGGAGGAGGGAGGCCGCCGCCGCUCACUGUGUGGGCAGUGCUAGUGGUGGAGUGGGUGUGGCUUCGUGAGUGGGCGGGGCUGGAAAGGGGCCGUCCAGGUCGCCUGCAGCAGCCGCCACGUGUCCCGGUUAAGCCCCACAGGAAGUUUGGUGGCCAUGCGCAAGCAGAAAAUGGGUCCUGAAAAUUUGCAGCGUUUUAUAACUACGGCUGCCGUUGUACGUGGCUGUUAUUUCUGGAGCUAUUUUUUUCCUCUCCCCGUGCGUUUAAAAAGAAGGCUAUUUUAAAUGGCGACGUGAAAAGGCCGGAAAGUGUUUGUCCCAUGAGUUUUUGUACACUUUAAUGCAUACACGUAAGGAAAUGUGUCAUUUGUAAAAGCAAUUAAUUUGUGAUUGAAGUCAUACUUUAUUUAAAAGAGUUGUGGGCGGCAUUACGAAAGACUGAGGCCGUUGAUACUUUUAGAAAAGUGACAUGUGCUAUUGGGUGCAAACAUUCCCAAAGGAGCUUGCAUAACAACGACUGAACAUCUAGUAAAAAAGAGCUCAUGGAUUCCUCCAGUCUGAAGAUUCUGACUAUGGUGAAGUAUGUUUAAUGUGUGACCACAUCCAUUGUGCACGUUGACGAAUGUACACAUGAAACCGAAUAAAACAAUACACUUACGA